AUGAUGGCAGAAAAAGAACAAUACGCAAUGUCCCAGUCGGAAAUCGACCAUUUCCUUGAACAUGGCUGGGUCAAGUUGACCAACUGCUUCACGCGGGAACAAGCCGCGGAGCUUCAGGCUACUAUGUGGACGAGAUUGGGGAUGGAUCCAAAUGACAUGUCGACUUGGCGUACGGAACGAACGAACAUGCCUUGGUUUAAUGCAUUCUCUGUCGAGGAAUUCGCACCGAAGGCAUGGGGCGGCAUAUGCUCACUGCUCGGCGGCGCUGAAAGGGUCGAUCCUGGGGCUUCUACGUGGAAAGACGGCUUCAUCGUGAAUCUCGGCACACCGGCUGGUCAUAACAAGGUAAUCAAGCCGCAGGAACUAGACGGCUGGCAUGUGGAUGGUGAUUUCUUUGUGCACUAUCUCGAUUCACCCGAACAGGCGCUAUUGGUGAUUCCGCUUUGGUCAGACAUUGAGCCCAAUGGUGGUGGUACGUUGAUAUGUCCUCCGGCCAUCGAUAUCAUCGCCAAACACCUCUAUGAGCACCCGGAAGGAGUUUCGCCUCGCAUGACUAUUCGUGCAGAGAACCCGGAGUUCAAGCAGGAGGAAGGGUUGAGGUGGUGCUGUGAGGUGGCCAAGUCAAUGCCGGAUGAAGCGUUUGUUGAGGCAACUGGUGUCGUGGGAGAUGUGUAUCUUUUGCAUCCUUUGAUGCUGCAUUCUGCGAGUAACAACCAAUUGCGUAAGGUUAGGGUUAUUACGAACCCGCCAGUCAGCGUGAAGGAGCCAUUCGUGUUUGAUCGAGAAGAUGGAAAUUAUAGUGUAGUGGAAAAGAAGACCAUGAAGGCGGUAGGGAAAGACAGACUCGAGGGAUGGAGAAUACAGGGGGAGAGACAAAGACUUGUUCCGGCCAGAGUUCGAAUUCAGCAGGAGAUGAAGCGGAAGGAGGAAGAGAGGUUGAGGAAGUUGCAAGAGACGGGAGAGGCCGAGCCACAGGCAAAGCGUGUCGAGGCGGCGGCAUAG